GCCGUUCUGGACGCAAGCAGGAGCAGCAGAGGAAUGACAGGAGAGAGAGAAAAAACUGAGACAGGGAGAUCCAUUUUUUUACAGUGUUAGUACACUUGAAUACACAAACAACGUGUGCAUGAAAAAAACACCAAAUAUGAGUGACUAGUAAAGUAAGCCACGUUGUACCGACGUGUGAGUUGUCAAGGAGGAUGUACAAUAAACUGGGUUUCUUCCACGAAAUUCUAUUUAACAUAAAAUACAUCUACACAUUGAGGGACCGCUAAGGAGAGAGUAUACUGAGCUCGCUCCAGAAGGCAGCGCAGACGCAGGCGUAAGAGAGGCGGGGUGUUUUUUUUAAAACGUUUGGAAAUCUCCGUGUUUAUCGGCUGGAACAGGGGGAUUUGGGAUUGUAGCCGGGAGACACAGAGAAGGUGGGGCCGGAGAGCAAGAGAGAGAAACGGACUAAAUGCAAAUAAAUCACCAGGAGCUGACCGUCUUUUUUCCAGGGGAACGAGAAGAAAGGAGAUUUUUUAAUUAUUGGGAUUUCGAACGGGCGUUUUGAGAUUUUUUUUAACGUCCCCCCCCCCUCAACCCCCUUCCCCCCUAAGAAGGACAGCGCAAAAUUGUGACCCUUUAACUGAUUUAAAAUAUACCGGUUUGGCUGGGUGUGCUUGGGGAUAAUUUCCCCAGCCUUUUUGGACCAUGGCCGACGACGAUGUGCUGUUUGAAGAUGUGUACGAGCUCUGUGAGGUGAUCGGAAAGGGACCAUUCAGUGUUGUGCGGCGAUGUAUCAACAGAGAAACUGGACAGCAGUUUGCUGUGAAGAUCGUGGAUGUGGCCAAGUUUACUUCCAGUCCUGGCCUGAGCACAGAAGAUCUGAAGAGAGAAGCAAGCAUCUGUCACAUGCUGAAGCACCCGCACAUUGUCGAACUGCUUGAGACGUACAGUUCCGAUGGAAUGCUCUACAUGGUGUUUGAAUAUAUGGAUGGUGCAGACCUGUGCUUUGAAAUUGUAAAGAGAGCAGACGCUGGCUUUGUAUACAGUGAAGCGGUUGCAAGUCACUACAUGCGACAGAUUCUGGAAGCACUACGCUAUUGCCAUGACAAUAAUGUCAUUCACCGGGAUGUGAAGCCUCACUGCGUUUUGCUUGCAUCGAAAGAGAAUUCAGCUCCUGUGAAGCUCGGAGGUUUUGGAGUGGCUAUACAGCUUGGAGAAUCCGGAUUGGUUGCUGGAGGUAGAGUUGGAACGCCUCAUUUUAUGGCCCCGGAAGUGGUGAAGAGGGAGCCCUAUGGAAAGCCAGUCGACGUCUGGGGAUGUGGGGUCAUCCUUUUCAUUUUACUCAGUGGAUGUCUGCCAUUUUACGGGACCAAGGAAAGAUUGUUUGAGGCCAUCAUUAGGGGGAAAUACAAGAUGAACCCAAGGCAGUGGAGCCAUAUCUCUGAAAGUGCCAAAGACCUGGUACGCCGCAUGUUGAUGCUGGACCCCGCAGAGAGGAUAACUGUUUACGAGGCACUCAACCACCCUUGGCUCAAGGAGAGGGACCGCUAUGCCUACAAAAUCCACCUCGCUGAGACUGUGGAACAACUGAGAAAAUUCAACGCCAGAAGAAAAUUAAAGGGGGCAGUGCUAGCAGCAGUUUCCAGCCACAAGUUUAACUCAUUCUAUGGAGACCCUCCCGAGGAGCUACUUGACUUCUCUGAAGACCCCACAUCCUCAGGACUCCUAGCCGCAGAAAGGGCUGUUUCACAGGUGCUGGACAGCUUGGAGGAGAUCCACGCGUUGACCGACUGCAGUGAGAAAGACCUGGACUUCCUGCACAGCGUCUUCCAGGACCAGCACCUCCACACACUGCUUGAUCUGUAUGACAAGAUCAACACAAAGUCCUCCCCGCAGAUCAGGAAUCCUACAAGUGAUGCAGUACAGAGAGCCAAAGAGAAUUCCACUGAAGACGAAGCCAGCACAGCUUUGAAACAUCUGGAAUAUGUACUGGAAGAGAUUUCAUGUUACCCAGAGAACACUGAUGCUAAAGAACUAAAGCGGAUCCUCACACAGCCCCAUUUUAUGGCCUUGCUGCAGACCCAUGACGUUGUGGCCCACGAGGUUUACAGUGACGACGCGCUGAGAGUCACGCCUCCGCCCACCUCCCCCUACCUGAACGGAGACUCCCCAGAAAGUGCCAACGGCGACAUGGACAUGGAGAAUGUCACCCGCGUGCGCCUGGUCCAGUUCCAAAAGAACACGGACGAGCCCAUGGGCAUCACUCUAAAAAUGAAUGAACUGAACCACUGUAUUGUUGCACGAAUAAUGCAUGGCGGGAUGAUCCACAGGCAAGGCACACUGCAUGUCGAGGAUGAAAUCAGAGAAAUAAAUGGAAUCAGUGUAGCCAACCAGACCGUGGAACAGCUUCAAAAGAUGCUUAGGGAAAUGAGAGGGAGCAUCACAUUCAAGAUUGUGCCAAGCUAUCGCAAUCAGUCUUCAUCUUGUGAGAGAAAAACCCAUAAAUGGCAGGACAACGUUUGUGGUCAGGGCGUGAAGAGAGAGUCCCCCUCCAUCUCCAGACAGUCCCCAGCUAAUGGGCACACCAGCAUUAACAAUUCCGUUUUGGACAUUCCAUUAACUACCCAACCAAAAGGACGACAGAUAUAUGUAAGAGCACAAUUUGAGUACGAUCCAGCAAAGGAUGAUCUUAUACCCUGCAAGGAAGCAGGCAUCAAGUUCCUGGUGGGUGACAUCAUCCAGAUUAUCAGUAAGGAUGAUCACAACUGGUGGCAGGGCAAACUGGAAAAUGCUAAGAACGGGACAGCAGGCCUCAUCCCGUCUCCAGAACUUCAGGAAUGGCGUGUAGCCUGUAUAGCAAUGGAGAAAACCAAACAGGAGCAACAAGCCAGCUGUACCUGGUUUGGCAAGAAGAAGAAGCAGUACAAAGACAAAUACCUAGCAAAGCACAACGCAGUCUUUGACCAACUAGAUCUCGUCACAUAUGAAGAAGUAGUGAAAUUGCCUGCAUUCAAAAGGAAAACAUUAGUCUUAUUAGGUGCUCAUGGAGUUGGUAGAAGACACAUCAAGAACACACUCAUCACAAAACAUCCCGACAGAUUUGCAUACCCCAUUCCACACACAACCAGACCUUCAAAGAAAGAUGAAGAAAACGGCAAGAACUACUACUUUGUAACACAUGACCAAAUGAUGCAGGACAUCUCAAACAACGAUUAUCUGGAGUACGGCAGCCACGAGGACGCCAUGUACGGGACAAGACUGGAAACGAUACGCAAGAUCCACGAGCAGGGACUGAUAGCAAUACUAGACGUAGAACCACAGGCUCUGAAAGUCCUGAGAACGGCCGAGUUUGCUCCCUACGUUGUCUUCAUUGCUGCACCUACCAUUACCCCUGGCAUCAAUGAGCUUCCCAGGUGGUGCAGAAAAUUACCUGAUGAAUCCCUUCAGAGGCUGCAGAAGGAAUCCGAAAUUUUACAGAAAACGUACGCGCACUACUUCGACCUGACGAUCAUCAACAACGAGAUUGAUGAGACCAUCAGACACCUGGAGGAAGCUAUCGACGUUGUGUGCACUACCCCACAGUGGGUGCCUGUCUCCUGGGUCUAUUAGACCCUCCUGGCAAUGCUUCUUUGCAGAACUUCAUCAUUCCCUGAAACAACACCUCAAACAGUGAGAAACCUCGUUGUAAAUGACCUUAAGUCAAUAGGUCUCGGCCCCUACAGACUACCUAGACGUAGUGUUGCAUAACAUUUUUUAAUAUUGUCAUGUCCUUAUAGAUAGGAGGCAACAUUUUAUAGAGAAUUUUUAAAGAGACAGUAUCACAUUACUCACAGGUACGGAUUUUAAAUGUAAAAAUAAAUAAUAACAAAGCAUAUUCUAUUUAUCAUAAAUAUAUGUGCAUCCCAUAACACAGUAUCUGUCAUCAGUUAUACAGUACUUAAAUUGGAAGAGAUUUCAAUUUCGAACAUAAGCGUAACCUGCAUACUGAAUGCUGCCUUGUAUGAUAUCCCAUCUCCUGGUGUAGACAGAUGUUAAGUAGGUAAAACUACAGUGUUAUUUCAUGAUUUAAAAACUGCUCAUUUAUUCACUUAGAUAUUUUGUUUGAAUCAGGCAAGUGAAAGGAGUGUGUAUGUGUAUUAAAAUGCAUUCAUUUGGGUGUUUUUAUUUUUUCUUAAAGCGGUUCAUUUUUUUUUUUACCUUUCUUCUAACACGCCUGCCCCUCACAGCAAUACUGUCUCUUUAAAGAGGUACAUAAAUGUUUUAGAGAUUUGAAUGAGGUCUUAUGCAUGUGGACAGUUGCAAGCUUAAGCUUUCAUGCUGUUGAUGUUAUCAGUGUCAAACUACUGUUAUCAACAGCAGAGUACAUUCCAUUAGUUUGGAAAAUACACAAACGCACCCAAGGGAAUUCAAUAUUUAUGGAAAAAAAAUGUAAACCUAUGCACAUCCCUUGCAUUUUGGGCAACUUUAUAAACAACUGAUUUUUAUUAAUCAUGUAGUGGAGAUGUGUUUGUAAAUUGUCUCGAUUUUAAUUUGUUGUAAGAAAAAGGGGGAAGAAAAUGUACCGGAUUCACCAUUGCAAAAAAAUGUGUCGUCUGAGAGUAUUAAUGUUUUAAUUAAGUUUAAUCAAAAGAAAAAAAAAAUGCUGAUUUUUAUUCUGUAUGUAAUUGUUUCAAGGAGGUGCGCACAAUUUGCAAGCAAAUACUGUGUAAACAAAGAGCCAGUUUGUGCAUCAAGACAAAACUAAAAAAAGCUGUGUGCAUCUCACUGUUGUCUUCUAACUGCCCUGUGUAAAUUCCUCUGAAAAUGAGCAGCUCUAGUCUGAACAGUUUUUUUUAAAUAUACUUCCUUUUCUGUGUUCAACAAGUAAAACGCCUUUGAUUCAACUUUUUUAUA